UUCAUUAUUUUAUAAAUAUUUUAGUUGUUUGCGAUUUACUUUAAAUGAAAGAAUUUUAGGAAAUUACUUGAAUAUUCAAUAUGGCGGAUGAAACGGCUGUAUUACUCAACAUUGGCGAUAUGAUUGAUCUCGCGAUAGGUUCGCCAGAGGUAGGUGUCGUAGACUUUGGCAUGCUGCAUACAGUGCUACACUGUCUCGCACAGCAGCUCCGAGUGUCUGAGAAAAAUGUAGAGCUGAGAGGAAAUGCUGGUGCACUACCCGUCGGCCGGACUAAGGCGCAUACUGUUACAGUCAGCGAAUUCAUCGUCGAUACGGAAGAAAAGGAUCCAGCGGGGAAAAUGGUAAAGAAAACAGAACUACCUCCUAUGCAAAUUCCUACGAAUGACCAAGAAACAAUAUUAGUAGUUGAGAAAAAAAGGUUGAUUGAAACACCUGGGUUUGGAGCACAACGCACUCGCACUCCCCCUCCGAUUACCAACGAGGCAUCACCAUUACAACCCAUCGGUUCCACGGAGAAACUGUCCCUUGUAACGAUCAGUAAAUUUAAUAUCCUCGAAAACACAGUUGAAGAUUUAAAAAAUCGUGUGUAUGGAAGCAUACCGAAAAAUGAAGAUAUUUUGGAGGAAGUGAGGUCACAAACCAAUCUCAAAGCUAUUACUGAUAUGUGGACUUCCUUAAACGUGUCUUCCCGAUUAGAAGCAACGGAAGCUGGCCUCGCGAAGUUAAGCUCUUUAGUUCAAGAUAUUAUAACAGAUACGACGGGCUUGCAAGAGGAACUAAAAAGUCGACCAUCUAUAACUCCUUCAGUGCUGCCUAGACCAUCAACAGCCCCAGCACCAUCGGCAGUUCCAUCAACUGUUCCGUCGUCAAUCACCCCACAACCACAAAUUACGGCUCCUGACAGCGUUCCCUCAAGCAAAAAGGAAAUACCAACUAUGCAAUCACAGAUAGAUCGACUACGGGGUGAUCUCGACAAUUUGACGAAUACUUUGUAUACUGCUCUUGGAGAUCAAAUAGCUGGAUUGGCACCACCUGCGCAAUCGCAAGCAGUGUCACAAAUGGAAGCACCAUCACCACAAUUGCAAGCACCAACACAACAAGCGCAAGUACCAACACAACAAUUGCAAAUGCCAUCACCACAAUUGCAAUCAUCAGACACACCAAGCAAGCCAACUCCGACACCUUCAGAUCGGCGACAGUCAGAAUAUCCUAAGCAAACUUCUCCAAUGUCAAACGCCAUGAUAGCUGAAAUUAUGGAAAGAAUAAAUGAUUUAGAAAAACGUCUCAAUAAAUGUUGUGAAAGCAUCGGUAAAAAUGAUGGUGUCAUACAAGAUCAGGCAAAUUCAUUCCAAGAUCAAUUGGAGUAUUUAACGAAACAAGUGGCAUCAUUAACAGAAAUACUGGCUGCAGGCAAAAUGUCUCCGAAUCUCACAAAGGAUUUACAAGGUUUGAUGACACUUUUCCAAACGGUUCAAGAAAUGCAAGAACAGUUGAAACAGGUGCACAAUACGGCACUUCAACUUGCGACUGAAAAGGAAGAUCGACAGUACCAUAUGAAUGUUCUGUUAGAACAGAUAGAAUUGCUGAAGACAGUAAAACUUGACCGCGAAGAUAUGAUUGAAGCUAUGGCUGACAAGGCAGAUAUGCGAAUGUUGGCACGUAAAGUUUCGCAUGAUCAAUUUGAACUGGCCUGUGAUGACCUCUCACGAGGCCUAGAACAUGCACUUGGAAAACUUAACAUGCAAGAGGCAUUAUGGCAACAAGCUUUAGAUGACAUUCAAAGGGAGAUCGAAAUGAAACUCGAUAAGAUGGAAUUGUCUCCAGUUAAAGAUUUCUUCAACAACAAAUUACGGCAAUUGCAAGAUAACCUCAAGCAAAUGGCUUCAUUGCGACGUGAAGUCGAAGCAGCUGGAACGAAACGUCGCCUACUUAGGGACGUGAACUGCAUAUCUUGUGAUGCCAACGCGGUUAUGCCAACGGAACCGCCUUCCACUGUCCCCGUUUUAAGGCCAUUGCAAGCAAAUAUAUCUAUGAAGCCUUAUCUGAGUUAUGAACUGGAUGCAAUACGCAAAACGCAAGCGACAAACGUACCACAGCGUAAUCUACACGACUGGGAGAACAUCGACAAGCAAAUGGCUCAACAAAAACCACCACAAAAAAUAAGGUCGGAAACAGGAAAACAUAUAUGUAACCGAUACUGCGGCGGCUCGCACACUGUAACAACGGCUAUGCAACGAGUAGCUCGUCUUGGACACUUCAUGAAGCAGUGGGGACCAGACGUCGUGCCGCUUUCCUCAGGACUGGCUGCCGGUGAUGAUGGCAGGAUGUAUAAAGUAAGCACAGUCGAGGGUGCAAAUGUUGGUUCUGGCGGGGUGAUAGACACAUGCACACCAAAGCCUAAAAAGAUCGACCAACCGAAAACACCGCAAAGACCUAUGACUGCACAAGAGUGUCGCUGUAUGGAUGGAGAUUAAUAUUUUU